AUGCCUCGAAAGGCACCAACUGAAAGAAGAUCAAGCAAGGCAAGGACCAAGUCCAGACGCAUUCCAUCACGCACACCCCCCGUACACGGCUCGUCGCAUGAAGACCAAGUAGGCCGUCCGAUGGUCCGGUUUCUCUUGAAUACCUACUCUGCAGAACAGAUCAACAGGAUGCUUGACGAAGAAUCUCGCUCUCUAUCGCAGUCAUCGUCGGCUCCGUCAGAAGAUGAUGAUGAAGAAUCGACGCUACUUGAACUCGAACCAAAGAGUGUGCCCUCUAACCCACCUCUGGAAAAUAAGGCUUCGCCUCCACCUGCAGGCACUUCUACCGAUGAAGUUUCCAAAACCAGCAUAACUACGACCUCAGACACUCCUGUUUCUCAGACAACAGAGAAACAGACAGUCCUGCCAACGCAGCCGGCCUCGACAUCCACGAGCCAGCCGGUCCCCGCUGUUGAGAAUCGGAAAGUAUCAACUGAGGGACAGAGAAUAUUCGCCUGCGGCUGCUGUGCCACAGAAGAAGUUUCCCUAAAGUUUUCACGAGCAGGCGACUUGAGGCGUCAUAUGGAUGACACGCACCAGUCAUUGGCUGAUCCUGACUAUAUGAACCUGUCUACCAGCGCCUAUCAGCAGCAGCAGCAGCAGCAGCAGCAGCCCUUUGGUUACCAGCACGCGAUGCAAUACAUGUUCAACUCGAGCACCAUGCAUCCCCAACAGGAGCAACAAAAUGUAGCCGACUGGUCGGAUCCAAUGCAAUGGACCAACUUUGAUGGUGAAGACAACAAACGUUUGAUGUAG